CUCGGCCCCGCCCCUCGCCGGCUGCAGCCGCGUCCGGGCGCUGUUUGCUCCCAGUUCCCUCCCAGUGCUCCCAGUGAGAGCCAGACUGGGAGGGAAAGCGCUCCCGAGUCCUGCCCGCUGCUCCCGGGAUCGCUGCCGGGGCCGCUUUGGAACCCCCCCAGGGCAGAGCGCGGCUGCUUUUGGGUGUCGGCACCGCCCGGGCCGGGCUGGGAGCGGAGGAGGCGCGGGAGGAAGAGGAGGGACACAGGAGGAGGAGGAAGAGGAAAGGAAAAGAGAAAGAGAGGAGCGGGAGGAAGAGGAGGAGCAAGAAGAGGAGGGACAUAGGAGGAGGAAAAGGAAAAGGAGGGACGGGAGGAAGAGGAGGGGCAGCAGCAGCAGCCGCACGCGGUUCCCCCGCUCAGGCCGCAGCUCCCCCGGCUCCGGCAGCAUCGCCCCCCCCGGAACCCGCAGUAGGAUUUCCCUUUGCCAAACCUCGGCCCGAUGGAGGAGGAGGAGGAGGGCGCGGCGAGGAAGAGGAAGCUGUCCCGGGAGCCGCAGGCAGGCACGGAGCUGAGCACGGAGCCCAGGGAGGACAAAUCCCCGCGGCAGCAGCCGGUGGGAGAGGCCGCUGUGAGCGGCUCCGCGGCGCAGGAACGCAACGGGGAGGAAAAGCCGCGGAGAUGCCGCACGAGGAGGGGCUGCAAACGCAGAUCUCGGGGCUCCGAGCACGAAAGAUCCACCCCGGGCCGGGGAGGCGGCCGCAGCUCGGAGCUGGGGGUCCCUGAGCAGCCUCAGGAUGGGGAGAAGCCCCACAAGUGCUCGGAGUGUGGGAAGAGCUUCAGGUGGAGAUCUGAACUGACCAAACACCAGAAAAUCCACACCGGGGAGAAGCCCCACAAAUGCUCGGAGUGUGGGAAGAGCUUCAGGCGGAGAUCCCAACUCAUCGUCCACCAGAUGAUCCACACUGGGGAGAGGCCCUACGAGUGUGAUCAAUGCAAGAAGAGGUUUCAGACGAGCUCCAAGCUCCUCGUGCACCAGCGGGUUCACACGGAUGAGAGGCCCUUCCGCUGCCCCGACUGUGGGGUGGGCUUCAGGCAUAACUCCACCCUCAUCACCCACCGGCGCAUCCACACUGGGGAGAGGCCCUACAAGUGUGAGCAGUGUGUGAAGAGCUGCAGCCAGCGUUCCCACCUGAUCACACACCAGAGGAUCCACACGGGGGAACGGCCCUACGAGUGUGGGGAGUGUGGGAAGAGCUUCAGCCAGAGUUCUACCCUGACUCUGCACCAGAGGAGCCACACUGGGGAGAGACCCUACGAGUGUGAGCAGUGUGGGAAGAGCUUCAGGCAGACGACCACCCUGAUUGCCCACAAGAGGACCCACACGGACGAACGGCCCUACGAGUGUGGGGAGUGUGGGAAGAGCUUCAGCCAGAGAUCUACCCUGACUCUGCACCAGAGGAGCCACACUGGGGAGAGACCCUACGAGUGUGACCAGUGCAAGAAGAGGUUUCCCACCAGCUCCCGUCUCCUCCAGCACCAGCGGAUUCACACGGAUGAGAGGCCCUUCCGCUGCCCCGACUGCGGGAUGGGCUUCCAGCGUAACUACACCCUCAUCAGGCACCGGCGCAUCCACACUGGGGAGAAGCCCCACAAGUGCUCGGAGUGUGGGAAGAGCUUCAGGCGGAGAUCCCAACUCAUCGUCCACCACAGAAGCCACACCGGGGAAAAGCCCUACGAGUGUGGGGAGUGCAAGAAGAGGUUUCCCACCAGCUCCCAGCUCCUGCGGCACCAGCGCAUUCACACGGAUGAGAGGCCCUUCCGCUGCCCUGACUGCGGGAUGGGCUUCCAGCGUAACUCCACCCUUGUCAGGCACCGGCGCAUCCACGCCGGGGAGAGGCCCCACGAGUGUCCCCAGUGUGGGAAGAGCUUCAACACGAGCUCCCACCUGAUCAGACACCAGAGGAGCCACACGGGGGAGAGGCCCUACGAGUGUGGGGAGUGUGGGAAGAGCUUCAGCCAGAGCUCCAAUCUGAUCAGACACCAGAUGAUCCACACUGGGGAAAAGCCCUACGAGUGUGAGCAGUGCAAGAAGAGGUUUCAGACCAGCUCCCACCUCCUCCUGCACCAGCGGAUUCACACGGAUGAGAGGCCCUUCCGCUGCCCCGACUGCGGGAAGGCCUUCACACAAAACUCCACCCUCAUCAGGCACCGGUGCAUCCACACCGGGGAGAGGCCCCACGAGUGUCCCCAUUGUGGGAAGAGCUUCAGACAGAGCUCCCACCUGAUCAGACACCAGAGGAGCCACACCGGGGAGAGGCCCUACAAGUGUGACCAGUGCAAGAAGAGGUUUCCCACCAGCUCCAGUCUCCUCAAGCACCAGGAGAUUCACACCGAGGAGAGGCCCCACAAGUGUCCCCAGUGUGGGAAGGGCUUUAACACAAGGUCCAACCUGAUCAUCCACCAGAGGAGCCACACCGGGGAGAGGCCCUACGAGUGUGACCAAUGCGAGAAGAGGUUUCCCACAAGCUCCCAGCUCCUUGUGCACCAGCGCAGUCACAGGGAUGAGAGGCCCUUCCGCUGCCCCGACUGCGGGAUGGGCUUCAAACACAACUCCACACUUGUGAGCCACCGGCGCAUCCACACCGGGGAGAGGCCCCACGAGUGUCCCCAGUGUGGGAAGAGCUUUAACACAAGCUCCUCCCUGAUCAGACACCAGAGGAUCCACACGGGGGAACGGCCCUACGAGUGUGGGGAGUGUAGGAAGAGCUUCACCGAGAGCUCUACCCUGACUCUUCACCAGAGGAGCCACACAGGGGAGAGGCCCUACGAGUGUGACCAGUGCAAGAAGAGCUUCAGGUGGAGAUCCCGACUCAUCAUCCACCAGAGGAUCCACACGGGGGAAAAGCCCUACGAGUGUGGCGAGUGUGGGAAGGGCUUCAGGUGCAGAUCUGAACUGAUCAAACACCAGAGGAUCCACACCGGGGAGAUGCCCUACAAGUGUGACCAGUGCAAGAAGAGGUUUCCCACCAGCUCCCAGCUCCUUCUGCACCAGCGGAUUCACACGGAUGAGAGGCCCUUCCGCUGCCCCGACUGCGGGAUGGGCUUCAAGCACAACUCCCACCUCAUCAACCACCAUCGCAUCCACACCGGGGAGAGGCCCCACAAAUGUCUUCAGUGUGGGAAGAGCUUCAGACAGAGCUCCCACCUGAUCCUCCACCAGAGGAGCCACAUGGGAGAACGGCCGUACGAGUGUGGGGAGUGUGGGAAGAGCUUCGUCCGGAGCUCCCACCUGACUCUCCACCAGAUGAUCCACACCGGAGAGAGGCCCUACGAGUGUGACCAGUGCAAGAAGAGGUUUCAGACCAGCUCCAGUCUCCUUAGGCACCAGCAGAUUCACACCAGGGAGAAGCCCCACAAGUGUCCCCAGUGUGGGAAGGGCUUUAACACAAGGUCCAACCUGAUCAUCCACCAGAGGAGUCACAGGGGGCAACGGCCCUGCGAGUGUGGAGAGUGUGGGAAGAGCUUCAGGUGCAGAUCUCUACUCAUCAUCCACCAGAGGAGCCACACCGGGGAGAGGCCCUACGAGUGUGAGCAGUGCAAGAAGAGGUUUCACACCAGCUCCCAGCUCCUCAAGCACCAGCGGAUUCACACGGAUGAGAGGCCCUUCCGCUGCCUCGACUGCGGGAUGGGCUUCAAGCAAAACUCCCACCUCAUCAACCACCGCCGCAUCCACACCGGGGAGAGGCCCCACGAGUGUCCCCAGUGUGGGAAGAGCUUCAGACACGGUUCUGUUCUGAUCCUCCACCUGAGGAUCCACACAGGGGAGAAGCCCUACGAGUGUGGGGAGUGUGGGAAGAGCUUCAUCCGGAGGUCCCACCUGACUCUCCACCACAUGAUCCACACCGGGGAGAGGCCCUACGAGUGUGAGCAGUGCAAGAAGAGGUUUCACACCAGCUCCCAGCUCCUCCGCCACCAGCGCAGUCACACGGAUGAGAGGCCCUUCCGCUGCCCCGACUGCGGGAUGGGCUUCAAGCAAAACUCCAACCUCAUCAGGCACCGGCGCAUCCACACCGGGGAGAGGCCCCACAAGUGUCCCCAGUGUGGGAAGAGCUUUUCCAGCAGCUCUCACUUGACCCAACACCAACGGAGCCAGCACUGAGGGAACCCCUGUGAGUGCCCCGAGUGCGGGAAGAGCUUCGUGCGCUGCUCCAGCUCCAUCCCCCAUGGGAGGAUCCCCCCUGGAUGAUCCCCAGUGACCCCCGGUGGGCAGAGCCCCGGUGAUCCGCGGUGCCGGUGAUCCGUAUUGGGCACACACCUGGCUGGGGGACCCACAUCCUCCUGCCUCCCUGUGGCCUGGAUUUCUUUUUCAUUUCUCUUUCUCUUUUCGAAAUCCCCAAAAAUGGGUUAACAAUAAAAGUUUUUAAUAAAGACCUGGAUGGGGACACGUGGGGAUCUUCCAGGGGACGUGAGGGGUGCUGGGUUCAAGGGACCUGAGGAUUCUUGGCAGGGAC